UUUCGGAUCGCGACGCCCAGAACUCCGCGGAGGAGCCACGGGCCGACCGGUGGGCACCAUGCCCGGCCUCUACUGCCCCUCCAGCUGGACGCCGCUACCCCUCACCGACUCCUGGGUCCGGGCCUGCGCCAACGGACCCUGCCUCAGCCUGCGGGCUCGGCUCACCUACCACAACCCGCAGCCGCAGCCAGUGGACGGCGUGUUCGUGUACCCGCUGGCGGAGGCCGAAGUAGUAUCAGGCUUCGAGGCCGAGGCGGCCGGACGGCGCGUCUCCUUCCAGCUGCAGAGCCGGCGCCGUUUGCAGGCUGCCUGCUGCCGCGCGCUGGGCCCAGGGUUGGGGACCUCCACGCCCCGCCGCUGCGCGCAGGGUCAUCUUGUCUUGGAUCUGGCCCAGGCCCGGUCCACGUUGGUGCUGCCCACGGGCCUUAUCGCUGCAGCUGGCACCAUGACAGUGACCCUGUGCAGCAGCCGGGAGCUGCCCUCCAGGCCUGAUGGGGUACUGCGUGUGGCUCUGCCCACUGUGCUCACCCCGCUGGCCCCACCAGGCCCACCAGGGCCCCCCAGGCCUCCGGGGCUCUGUGACGACAGCCCCACGAGCUGCUUCGGGGCAGGCAGCCCUGAGGAGGAAGGGCUGGCCUGGGAGGAGCCACCUGCCCCUCCAGACGUGUUUUCAGGCCCUGCCCGCUGUCCUGCCCCAUAUACUUUCUCCUUCGAGAUGCUGGUGACUGGGCCAUGCCUGCUGGCAGGCCUGGACAGCCCCUCUCAUGCCCUGCGGGCAGAUGCCCCCCCUCAUGCCAGCUCUGCAGCCACCAUCUGUGUCACACUGGCAGAGGGUCACCUAUGUGACCGGCCCUUGGAGAUCCUGCUAUACCCCAGUGAGCCCCAUCAACCACACUUGAUACUGGAGGCUGGCAGCCUGAGUGCAUCAGAAUAUGAGGCCCAGGUGAGGGCCCGCAGGGAUUUCCAGAGGCUGCAGCGAAGGGACAGUGAUGGGGACCGGCAGGUGUGGUUCCUGCAGCGACGUUUCCACAAGGACAUCUUGCUGAACCCUGUGCUGGUACUGAGUUUCUGCCCGGAUCUGAGCUCCAGGCCUGGACACCUGGGCACAGCUACCAGGGAGCUUCUCUUUCUGUUGGAUGGCAGCAGCGCAGCACACAAGGAUGCUAUUGUUUUGGCUGUGAAGUCCCUCCCAACUCAGACACUUGUCAACCUGGCCAUGUUUGGGACUUCGGUGCAGCCACUCUUCCCAGAGAGCCGGUCUUGCAGCGAUGACACUGUGCAGCUGAUCUGUGAGAGCAUUGAGACCCUGCAGGCUGGGAGUGGUCCCCCAGAUAUACUGGCUGCACUGGACUGGGCCUUGGGGCAGCCCCAGCAGAAGGCCCAUCCUCGCCAGCUGUUCCUGCUCACUGCUGCCUCGCCCAUGGCUGUCACUACUCACCAAACCCUGGAGCUCAUGAGGUGGCACAGAGGGGCAGCCAGGUGCUUCUCCUUUGGGCUGGGGCCUGAUUGCCACCAGCUGCUCCAGGGUCUGUCUGCCCUCAGCAGAGGCCAGGCCUACUUCCUGAGGCCUGGAGAGAGGCUGCAGCCCACGCUGGUGCAGGCUCUGCGGAAGGCACUGGAGCCUGCUUUGAGUGACAUUUCUGUGGACUGGUUUGUGCCUGAUGCCGUGGAGGCUCUCCUGACUCCCAGGGAAAUCCCAGCACUCUACCCUGGGGACCAGCUGCUUGGUUACUGCUCACUCUUCAGGGUGGAUGGCUUCCGGCCCCACCCUCCAGGGGGCCAAGAUCCUGGCUGGCAGAGCUUGGGUGGUUCUGUGUUCCCAUCCCCAGAGGAGGCACCAUCUGUUGCCAGCCCUGGCACUGAGCCCACUGGCACCUCAGAGCCACUGGAAACACGCACUGUGUCAGCAGAGCUGUCCAGUCCAUGGGCUGCUGGGGACUCAGAUCAGACAGGUACUGAUGCUCUGACAGACCCAGUCACAGAUCCUGGACCCAAUCCGUCCAAUGACACAGCCAUAUGGCGCCGCAUCUUCCAGUCUUCAUACAUCCGGGAACAGUAUGUGCUUACCCACUGCUCUGCCAGCCCUGAGCCAGGCCCGGGUUCCACAGGCAGCAGUGAGUCUCCUGGCUCCCAGGGCCCUGGCUCCCCCGAGGGCUAUUUUCCCUUGGAUCCUCCCUCUCAGCAGGGCUGCCGCAGCCUGGCCUGGGGAGAAUCUACAGGCUCCCGUUCCUGCCCCCUGCCUGCACCACCACAGUCUCCAUUCAAGCCAGGAGCCCUGAGUGCUGAGGUACUGGGCCGUAGGCAUAGAGCAGCUCUGGCUGGCAGAAGUCUCUCAUCUCCACCAGGCCGGGCAAACCCAGUCCCUUGCCGACCCCGGCAACCUUCUCUGGGUGCAGUACCAGAUGUGCCAGGCCCUGAGUCAGGCCAACAGCUUGGGCAGGGCCUGGACGAUUCAGGAAACCUGCUCUCCCCAGCCCCCAUGGACUGGGACAUGUUGAUGGAACCACCCUUCUUGUUCACAGCUGUGCCCCCAAAUAGGGAACCAACCCCUCCAGCAGUACCAGUGCCUCCCCAGGCUCCACGUUGCCAUGUGGUGAUCCGGGGCCUGUAUGGGGAGCAACCAAUGUGCUGGGAGGUGGGUGUUGGGCUGGAGACACUGUGGGGACCUGGGGAUGCCUCAAAGCCUCCAUCAACUGCUGUAAGAGAAGCUGCUUGGGACCAAGCACUUCACCGACUGACAGCAGCCUCAGUGGUCCGAGACAAUGAACAGCUAGCGCUCCGAGGAGCUGAGACCACAGCUGACCAGGGCCACGCCCGGAGGUCCUGGCUUCGAGCCCUUCAGACAAGCAAGGUCAGCUGUGCUCCCUCCUGCUUCACCUGCCCAGUAGCUGUGGAUGCUACUACUAGGGAGGUCCUGCCCGGAGUCCUGCAGGUGCGGAGCUCAGAAUCGGCUGAACCCCCAGGCACUUAUGUCUCUCAGGGCCAUCUAGAUGCAACUUCUCUGCCCACUGCAGCUCACCCUAAAGGUAUAACCCAAAUGUGGGGAAAGGGUAGCUCAAGGCUGAGGGACUACCAGUUGACACUGGCUGGCCCCACCACAAGAAUUCAGGGAGGCUCUCUGGUAGGCACCUGGGACCUGGAACGAAAUGACAACUCCAAGUCAGCUUUGGGGGAGCCAACAACUCCCACUGGAGGUCCUUACCACCUGCCCUACCAGCCUUCCUCGAGGCUCAGUCUGGGCCGCCGACGGAGACUCUGUAGUCCCAAGGCUGGCCAGGCCAAUGGAGGCAACAGUGGAGGCAGCGACCACGACUACCUGCCCUUGGUGCGGCUACAAGAAGCACCAGGCUCCUUCCGUCUGGAUGCACCCUUCUGUGCUGCUGUGCAUAUUCCCCAGGAGCGCCUGUGUCGUGCUUCACCCUUUGCUGCACACCGUGCCAGCCUCAGCCCCACCUCUGCCUCAUCUCCCUGGGCACUUCUGGGCCCUAGUGUUGGCCAGGGUGACAGUGCCACAGCCUCUUGUAGCCCGUCCCCCAGCUCAGGCUCAGAGGGUCCAGGCCAGGCAGACAGUGGGCGGGGUUCAGAUACCGAGGCUUCGGAAGGGGCGGAAGGGAUAGGAGGCUCAGAUCUUCGGGAUCGCACCUGGGCCACAGCUGUGGCACUUGCGUGGCUGGAGCACCGCUGCGCGGCUGCCUUCAGUGAAUGGGAACUGACAGCAGCCAAGGCAGAUUGCUGGCUGCGGGCCCAGCACCUGCCUGAUGGUCUUGACCUGGCCGCCCUCAAGGCUGCAGCCAGGGGACUCUUCCUGCUGCUACGCCACUGGGACCAGAACCUGCAGCUGCACCUGCUGUGCUACAGCCCAGCAAAUGUGUGAGGGCCGCCCUUCACUGGGACUGGUGUCCCCAACAUACUCAAUUCACUGCCGCCCAGGCCGGCUGUUCGGUGCUGGGAAGAGGUAGGCUGGUGUCAGCCUGUCCUCCACUGCGUCUCAUUCCCUCCCUAGAAAUCCUCUUACCCUCACAAAAAGUGCCUGCCAGUGCUCUCUCCUCCUCCCACCCUGUGCCCCUUCCUCUGUGUAGCACAGGGGAAGGAGAGAGAGCCACAGUCCCCAAAUCCUAUGCAAUAAAGUGCCUCUUAGGACUGCCUGA